AAGGUUUGUGUUUUGAGGUCCGCCGCACUCGUACUGCAUCUCGCAGUGACUCAGCAAGAGAAAGCAAAAUGCUGCUUCUGGAAAAGACACUAAUAUGGAAAUGCCUUACCGUUAACAAGCUGUGACCUUUUUAUUCAUCUGACUGAGACUCGAGACUUAAGAAGAUGAGACAGAGGAUGGAUGUUGACUUGUUUGGAAGACAGGACAGAGCUGCAAUUAACUGGAUUUAAGGCACUGUGCGCGGUCUGCGCACUGAUUCAUUCACCCAAAAGGGUGGGAAUAAUCUUUCACAUUAAUUCUCAGGAGGCUGGGCAGAGGUUUUGCAACAGAAUACACAGUUUCACAUGAGACUGCAACUAUUUUUUCAGCGAGGAAUCAGAUUACACACGUUAUUCUUGACUUUAGCUUAUAAAAGAGAGCUUUGUGUUGCUGCUGAUGGGAGGAAGAAGAAUCAAGCAAAUAUAUCUUGCAGAUUAGAGGAGACGCUUGACAGUUUACUGUAAAAACAGGACACACCCCGAGGGAGUGCAGUUCACUCAUACACACACUUCCUGAAAGCACUGCUUUCCAUGUACAAAUGGCGGCAGUCUCAGAAUACCAGCGGCAGUAUAAUGUAAAAGACGAGCCGGACGGUGGAGACAUGCAGUCUGACGAAGGCACAGAGUGGCUCAUGGAGCUGCUCACCGAUGUGCAGCUCCAGCAAUAUUUUCUGCGUAUCCGUGAUGACCUCAAUGUCACACGUCUCUCACACUUUGACUAUGUCAAAAAUGAGGACCUUGAAAAGAUCGGCAUGGGCCGACCAGGUCAGAGACGGCUGUGGGAGGCAGUAAAAAGGAGAAGGGCCAUGUGCAAACGGAAGUCAUGGGUGAGCAAGUCUCUAAUCUUGGGCCAGCAGGUGUUCACCGGGAAGCGGCCUGACUCAGAUUCCCAGACCCCAGUGGUGUUCCGCAGCUCAUCCCCAUCAUCAGCUCAACCAGAGGGUCAGCCAGCUGAUCUCACCUGCCUCAUCAGUGACAGAGACCUCACCCUCUACGAGAAACUGGGAGACGGCUCCUUCGGAGUGGUGAAACGCGGAGAAUGGCAAGCCCCCUCUGGAAGAGUGCUGAGUGUGGCUGUGAAGUGCCUGAAGACAGACCUGUUGGACCAGGGUGAAGGUCUAGAUGACUUCAUAAGGGAAGUUAACGCCAUGCACUCCCUGGACCACCACAAUCUCAUUCGUCUAUAUGGUGUUGUCCUCACACACCCCAUGAAGAUGGUGACAGAACUUGCCCCAUUGGGUGCUUUAUUGGACCGCCUGAGGAAGCGUCAGGGUCAUAUAUUGAUAUCAGUGCUGUGCCACUACACCGUUCAGAUCGCCUGUGGCAUGGCAUACCUUGAGUCCCGACGAUUCAUUCACAGAGAUCUGGCUGCACGCAACAUCCUUUUAGCCUCCAACGACCUCAUCAAGAUCGGUGACUUUGGCCUAAUGAGGGCCUUGCCUAAAAACGAUGAUCAUUAUGUGAUGCAGGAGCAUCACAAAGUCCCUUUUGCCUGGUGUGCUCCAGAGAGCCUGAAGACACGUACCUUCUCCCACGCCAGUGAUACCUGGAUGUUUGGAGUAACAUUGUGGGAAAUGUUCACCCACGGGCAGGAACCAUGGGUUGGACUCAAUGGUAGUCAGAUUCUCCAUAAAAUCGACAAGGAGGGAGAGAGGCUUAUCAAACCAGAGGACUGUCCGCAGGACAUUUAUAAUGUCAUGCUGCAGUGCUGGUCGCCCAAACCCGAGGAUAGGCCGACAUUUGUGUCCCUCAGGGACUUCCUUGUGGAGACAAUGCCCACUGACAUGAGGGCACUGCAGGACUUUGAUGAACCAGACAAACUUAAAAUUCAUGCCAAUGACAUCAUCACUAUCAUUGAGGGCAGAGCAGAGAACUACUGGUGGAGAGGUCAGAACAGACAGACCCUGAAGGUGGGACAGUUCCCUAGGAAUGUGGUGACCUCUGUGGCUGGUCUGUCUGCCCACGACAUCAGCCGACCUCUCAAGCACAGUUUCAUCCAUACAGGCCAUGGAGACACAGACCCACACCGAAGUUGGGGUGCCCCUGACAAGAUCGAUGAUCUGUACCUUGGAAAUCCCAUGGAUCCUCCAGAUGUUCUUGGGUUGGAUUCAAAUACGGCCAAGCCCACUAAACUUCCAAACCGGGCUAAAAAACAACCUCCUCCCAGACCUCCUAAACCAGCAGUUCUUCUUAAGAAACCAUUUUACGACUCUGUGCUGGACAAUGAUGAUGAUCUGAUAGUGACGGGUGUGAAGAAGCUCUCGCUUAAGACUCCCAAUUACCUGGGUUUACGCCUCCGGCCUUGGGAAAGCACUAGUCCGAGUGACCGUCUUAGCGAAGUCUCACUCAUUGACUUUGGAGACGAUAGUUUCAGCUCUACAUCACCCUCACCCAUUACCGAGACGCCCAACCCCAGCACAGCAAAACCACCUGUAUCCUACGCUGCUUCUAUCUUGGAUAUGGCGCCACUGCAGAGCCCCAAUCGAGGCCUGCCCAACCCCAUGCACCCUACUCCAGUGGUGGAUUGGGACAUGCGGCCCCUGCCUCCCCUUCCGGCGUACGACGAGGUGGCCGUGGAGUGCGCUGAACAGGAAGACAUGGAAGUGAGCUCCAUAAAUUCAUCUGCGGUGCAGGAAGACACUGUAUCUGAACAAACACAAUCAAAGGAUAACAUUAAAGUCGAUGGUAAAUGCAAUGUGGAGGACAACCUCUUUCUACCACCCAAGCAUGUUGAGGAAUCCCACUCAUUUUCACAAUCAGCAGACAUCUUCAAGGAGCUACAAAGGGAGGUGAUGGUGAAGCUUCGGGUCCCUCCGACCGGACGUUCACUCCCUUCUUCACCCCUCCCGACUCCUUCAGCUCUCGCCCCACACCGCCAGAUCAUCCUGCCCUCCUCCUAUGAGGACAAGCCUCAAAUCCCUCCAAGAAUCCCAAUCCCACCCAUGCGGCCUUCUAAGCGGGCAGGAAUAUAUGGCAGCAGAUUGUCGGUUUCCCUUGGAGACCAUGAAGACGGGAGCCGCUGUCCACCUCAGAUACCCCCAAGGGAUCAUGCUCUAUCUCAGCCCAACUCUCGGGCGCCGAGCCCCAUGGCGCCACAAGGUGGCUCCCCUCAACAGAGAUCCAGCCUCUGUUGCGUCGGAUCAUUGGGCUCCUGCCUAUCCCCGUCGUCAUAUUCCUCUGCGCCAUCCAGCUCCUCCACCACAUCAUCUACAUCAACAGCCACCACUGCAAGUUCUCAGUACGGAUCUACUGAAGUGGGCCAGACUCCGGCUAAGAGUCCCUGCAUCCUGCCUAUCGUGUAUGGUGGCGUGAAGGCCAGCACCACUCAUUACUACUUGCUACCUGAUAAACCGGCAUACCUGGACAAGUAUGAGAGGUUCUUGAAGGAUUCAGAAGGAAACGAUGAGAAAAGAACCCCAAAUAUGGCCACUGUGAGGCCAAUGGUUCAACAGCAAGUCAACAAGCCCAAUGCUUCCCCUGGCCACACCAGUAACAGCGGGACUUCCAACAGUCUGGCUUGGCCGAGCAGCACUCAAGCAGGUGCCUACAACCGUAUCAAGCUACAACAAGUGCAGGAGGCGGUACAUGGAGUGACUGUAGAAGAGUGUCAAACGGCCCUUCAGACACACAGCUGGAAUGCUCAGGAGGCCGUGAAAUAUCUGAAGGUGGAGCAGUUGUUCCGACUGGGUUUGAAGGCUCGGCCUGAAUGCGUGGAAGCUCUGGAGAGAUGCGGCUGGAAUCUGGAGCAGGCCAGCACUCAAAUGCUGGACUCCUAUGGUCCAUCUAGACAUAGGUUCUAAUGGCAGGAAAAGGAAGAACAGAGCUGAUCUUCGUUCCAGUGAAGCCAAUGAGAAGCCAAUGGACUGUGGACCAGUUAUACAAUAGAUAUUUGCUAAUAGAUUAUGCAGGUCAUUUGAAUAUUCAUUGCUUAACUGCUUAUAAUCAAUGCAAGAGAAAUGCAAAAUUCACUUACUUGAAGUACAACAGUGCAAUGUGAACAGUUAAAAAUGUGUUUGUAUAUUUUGCUUAAGAAGUUUGCUUUUCACUGCAUCAAAUGUGAUUUUACACUACAGCAUUCAGCCUGUGAAAUGUUUGUAGUUUAUUUAUUAAGAAUAUUUUAUGCAGGGGUGUAGGAACAAUCUGAAAAGUGGGGACAUAAUGUAAAUCUUAUCAGCACAGCUCAAUAUUGUAAUGGUUGCUACGUCCCUUAUUUUAUGUAAAAACAUUGCAGGGUAUACUGGCCAGACACUAUAAGCUUUUGAAUGGAUGUAUAGACCAUUAAGGUACAAUCGCAUUUACUGUUAUUCAGCGAGUUUUUGCAGACAAAGUCUGUCAUUUCAAUAGGAUUCCAUGUGAUCAGGAAUUUCACAUGAGGGUGAAAGAUUUCCCCACACAGAUUCCGCAAAGGGUUCAAGGUCACAUGGUGAAUGACUAACAGAAAGUAACUUCUGUGUAAGCUGUGCUUCAUACAUUGCUACAUUAUUGACAAUAGACAAUGGACUUUUUCAUGUGAAAUUUUAUGAUAAUGUGACCGCACCUUUAUGCAACAUGUAUUAUGCUCAUACUUCGGUUAGCUCUCAUUUCAUGGUGUUGCAUGCAGUACAUACUGUAGACCUAAUUUCAGCUUAUACUAGUUUUUCAUUAGUUUUAUUCUAUUCUGUGGUGUUAAAAUUAGUCAGCGCCUGAGACUGCACAGCCACAGAUCACCAACAUUUGGUCUUUGUUUUUGUUUUUAAUUAUUUUUUUUAUGCCUUUUUAACUAUUUUAGAAUAAACCCAUUUUUCAUGUGCCAUGAUGACUGCAGACAAUAUACUUACACUGUAAAUACACCUACCUACUAUAUUAUUAAUUCAUCCAUUUCUUGGUAAUUUUGUUGGUCUUCAUUGUCUUUAUCAAGGGACCACUAAAGACAUGUCUUUCAUUUGUUCUCAGUUGCUGAUUUAGCUAUUAUGAGAAUAUCAUCUUUUUCAUUUAAUUUUAAGUGGAACUCUGCUUUGAACUCCAUUACGCAUUUUGCGAUUUUGCUCAGGUUUAAAUAUCACAGAAACAGCAGUCUCUGUGUGAAGAUUAUUAGAAGUUUGUAUUAAUGAAACUGGAACUGAAUAACAGCUUAUUUAUGUGCAUUUUUCUUCUGUCAGAACAUGUUAACCGUAAUUCAAUCACACACAGAUGUCUUACUAAGCAAAUUGAGGCUUUUGCUCUGUGCAUGUGUACUCUGUAAUUUUCAUCAGCCUCUUGUCCAGAUGCUCAGUAUUCUAGUUAUGUUUUACCUGCACUGGUUUUGUGUUCAUGUCUUUGCAAUUGUUGUUCAGUUUUUGGAAUAUAGCCUGUGUCAGUGCUCACCUCAUGUAGGUUGCAUCCCACUUUUUCUGAAGUGGAUGGCAGAAUGCUGGGCUUACUGUAAAAGCUUUAUAAAUGUGUAUUGUAUAAUUAUCUAUCUGUAUUUUUGUAAUGAAGUAUAUAUUUAAAA